GAAGACUUGCAACCGCAUAUUUUGAUUUUCGCUUGCGGCGAUCUCUGGAGGGCAUCGCGGUGCACCUCAGAUCUAUGCAAGGCUGAGCGAUGACGUCUGCCCCAAUAUUCCUAGAGUAAAAAAUACAGAUGAAUCUUGAGGAUUACACAUCGGAGACUGAGAGUGUGAGUGAAACCGAUGUCUAUGCAAGCCCCAAUCAUUUUAGUACGGUCAGCUCUGACUUGUAUCUGAGGCCUGCGUUUGUUGCCACAACCGUUGUGCGGAACACGUUUGGCGGGACAUUUCAAAAAGCCGUACCAACACCAAGAAUCGCCGAGAAACGACGUCAGGAAACAAAAAGGCCAAAGAAAAAGAGGAAAAAAACCGAUCCUGGCCAACCUGAUUUCUCAGGACCUUGGUAUGGAUCCAGCAGCUCAAGCGAUAGUUCUGAUGAACAAGACUACAAACAAGAGCGGGAAAGUGAACAGUUAGAGACGCCGCAAGCUGUAGAGGAAGAAGAAAGCGAAACCCCCAUAACAACAGAACUGUACACGGCGAAUGAUUUCAUGCUCUCGAAUAUCAAUUCUUCAGAGGAGAGGAAAACAACAUAUCCUAGGAAAUUAAAACUUACAUUGGCUGGACAUGCGAAGGGAGUCACUCGUCUUCGGUAUUUUCCCAGACUGGGUCACCUCCUAUUAUCCUGUGGUAAUGAUGGGAAGAUCUUUCUCUGGAGUUUGGGCGGCGAGACUUCUCGUAAAGUCAGAGGCUAUUUUGGCCAUAGCCAUGCCGUGAAAGACGUGAUAUUCAAUUCCAAUGGGGAUAAGUUUUUGAGUUGUUCUUACGACAAUACAAUUGUGCUUUGGGAAACAGCAACUGGAAUAAUACUCAAAAGAUUGAGCCUCUCUUCUACCCCGAAUUGUGCAAUCUUUAAUCCUCAGAAUGAAAAUGAGAUUAUUGCAGGGUUGGCGAACCGAAGAAUCGAACAUUACGACUUCACAUCCUUACAUUCGCCGGUCCAAAUUUAUGAUCACCAUUUAGGGUCCAUUAAUUCACUCACUCUUAUAACGAAAGAGAUCUUCAUGUCCACGUCAGAUGAUCGAACGGUGAGACUUUGGAAGUGGCAUAUCAACAUACCCAUUAAAAUUAUUGCUGAUCCUACUCAACAUUCGGUUCCAUACGCUGCAGUCCAUCCUUCAGAGAGCUACAUAGCUCUUCAGUCGAUGGAUGAUUCGAUUUAUGUUAUUCAUGCAAACGGCAAAUACCGUUACAACAAAAAAAAGUCAUUCAGAGGGCACAAAGUAGCAGGCUACGGCAUUGAAGUCGCAUUUUCCAAUCAUGGGGCUUACUUGAUGAGCGGAGACGCAAGGGGCCAAGUCAACGUGUGGUCAUGGAAAAAGUGCGACGUUGUGCAAAAGAUAAGGCUUGGUGAUGGGGUCAUAUCCUGUUUGGCAGCACAUCCUACAGAGUCAAAUGUCAUCGCGGUCGCAGGACGGAAGGGUGAAAUAUAUAUUUGCAAUUGAGGUUUUUGGGGAUGAGAGAAAGUCCUAGUGAAGCAGUUUUAUCUGGAUAUUCAUUCACACAAUCGAGCACUUUUCCUUCUUGUACUCAGCAUGUCUUUUCCUGACGUGACUUUUGGGUAAAGAUGGCGGUCCAUUUUUCUCGUGAGAAAAUAUGCGAUGUAAAUGAAGCUUGUGUUCCUUGAUUUUGUUGUCUUUGAUUUUGUUUUGUUUUGUUGUCUUUUCCUUGAUUAUGGUUUCUUUGAUGUUGGUCUCCUCGAGUUUGUUUUCCUGGGGUGUGGGGUCUGGAAAACUGGUCUUUGGUUUCGGCAGAAUAUUUAUAUCCUUCUUUGGUUUGACUUCUUCAUUGGGACCUGUGACAUGUACAUCCACUUUAAUCUUAGAAGCGUCUGUGGGCAAUUUAGGGUUUGAAAUCAGUGAGGGCUCUCCAUUGAGCGAAAGCCCACUGAUAUCAGACGUGUCACUCCAUUGACUAUUCCGCCUG